GAGUAGAUGUGAUACUGAUAGGAUUGGCUACAAAGAAGGGACUGGAUUGUUGAUUACACCAAUGACGUGGAAAUUAACUUCUGUAGGAAACUCAGUACCAGUAACUAAUUCAUCAUCUCUACAGACUGGUAACUCCCUGAGUGAUGUAUUUGUAACAGAAAAAAUACUUGAAUUUGAAGAUGUUGUCAAAAAGCAUGAAGGGUUCAGGAUGUAUCUUGAAGAAAAUUCUAAAAAUGUUAAGUCUGCCAUUCAUGAACACAUAACUUCACAACUCUCACUGGUUCAUCAGAGAGAAAUCCAGCUGUAUCGCCAAGUUGAUGCUAUGAUGGCACAUCAGAAUGCCUUACUUCAGAACCAUCUUGCUCAACUGUAUCAGACUUUGGGAAGCUUAAAAUCUUUCACAAAAUUUCUAGAAGAAAACCGCUUGGCACCAUCAUCUGGGGUGCUGGACAGAAAUAUAGUGAAUAUUGCACAACAGUCAGUCUUUUUGAAGAAACUUGAGUUUCAGUUAGAUGGUGAACAAGAGCUUAGGUCAGCCAUACAAGGCUUUGGUCGUGUGAAAAUAGCCAAUGGACAGUCAGGUUUUUUACCUUUACCUGAAGAGGAAGACUAUGAGGAUGAUAGCCAUCACUUAUUCCAUAAAACCUUACAAGAUGAUGGGCUUCAGAAUAUUAAAAUAUGCUUUCCCAAGAUAAGAAACAAACCAGAUGAAUGGCUUAUACCAAAUUCUGGGGACAACGAAAUGGUAGAUUCAUUUUCUGUUUUUACAACAUCCCAAGAAGAACUAAAAGGGAUGAGUACAAAUCAUGAAUCUCUAUCUUCUUUGAGAUCUGUACUUGGAACAUUGGACUUACCUGUCAUUGAUGAUAAAGAUUGGCUCAGUAGCAGUGUGCAGGAAGUGAAUUUUCAGCUUGAGGAUAGAAGGUCACCAGUUGGUUCUUCUGACCCUGAACCAGCAAGCUAUAACAGAUGGCUACAAAACCCAAAAUGUCUUCCAGGUUUCCAAAACUCGGUUUCCAAAAAUAAUGAGGACCAGUGUGAUACAGAGAGUAAUGUCCUUCAAGCUACUCGAGAGAAACAGAUUAUUAAAGCUUUAAAAGAUCAAAUUUCUAUGAUACAAAAUCAAGAUAACAAGUGUUUUUUAAAGGAGCAGGUAACUCAUAAUGCAACAGAUUUUAAAAAGGGAUUACAUGAGACUAAUCACAAUAUAUCUAACCAUGAAUUUAAAAAAAGUCAAGAAAAAGAUUCAGUGAUCCAACAUUUCAGCCAGUCUUUAUUAAAAAGAAAUUCAUUCUUAGAGUCUCAGAUUUGGGUUAGACCCUUGUUUAAAAAUGUAGGGAUUGGUUCUGAAAGAAAAUCAAUGUCGCUGAACAUUCUGCAGAAUAUUUCUACUGAUAAAUGGCUCAGAUCUGAUAGUCAUGUUGAGCAUAAGGGUCAUGUAGAAUCACUCCUCAAUAAGAAGAAAAAUAAUAUUGUAGAUAAGGUUAAAGAGAAAUGGGUAUCUGAAAUAGAUAAAAAGAAUUCAAAUAAUUUCAACAGUUUGAUGAAAGGCAUGUUUGAAACUUAUUUUCAGCCUUUGGAUAUUCCUCUGUGGUUAGGUCACAAGGUGAUGUUUGGUCAGCCACGUCCAGAUUGGCCUUACAGCAAGGAAAAAUAUAAUUUAAUCUUUGGUGCAGACAAAAAUAAAACUGAUUCAUAGGUUUUUAAACAUUGAAGAGAUAUGAGAAAUUACUGAUUACCUUGGAUUAACUUUUUUUUUCAAAUAUUCUGUUCCUUUUUAAAUUGAUUUAGCUGAGCUGCAGAUGAAAGUACAAUAAAAACAAAUUUACCCUUGCCUAUUUAAGAAUUAAAAAAUUAUAUAUUCCUCAGUAGCUUACAAAGAAGAAUCAAAACAGUUCUUGUCCUGGUUUCAUCAUUUUCUUUAGGUUUGAUAUAAGUAUUAUUUGUAAAUUAACAUCACUAUAUAGGAAAUAAACUCUGAGAAGUGGUUGAGAGAUGCCUUCUGUAUUUGAAGUCCUACAGUUUCUAUAGAUCUUAACUGUAAGCAUAAAGAAACUCAAUUUUUAUUCAAUUUUAUGUGCAAAAAUAUCCGUUAUAACUGUUCUUUUACUUGGAUAGCAUCUAUAAAGAAAAAAUUACCCUAUAGUUACAAACUUAUUUUCCUAGAAAAAAAAUUGUUUUUGUAAAUAUUUUUUCCUACAGGAAAGGCAUUUGUAAUUUUUGUCAAGAAUCAAAAUUUUUUGGUUUGUUUUGACAAAGGAACAAAAGUGCAAAAAUUGUCCUUAAGAGUUAACAAAGUAUAAACUAGUUUAUUUUUGUAAUAUAGAGUAAAAAAAUAAAAUUUGAUAGUUCACUUACACAAGAUAACUAUACAGCUGUAUGCAUGAUAUUUGAUCUUCAAUUUCUAUUACUUUGUCAGAAUGUAAAAUUUAUAUAAUUGCAUUUGAGUAGCUAUUCAUUCAGUUUACUAGACAAUAUAUUGUAUAGAAGGCGGUAUAUAUUAUAACUAUACUUCUUUUGGAGAAUUUUAAACAGUACAUUGUACACCAUCCUUCUAUCUGAAUGUUAAAGUAUAAAACUAAAUACAGACAUAAUUACAGCCUGUUAGAUAUACAAUUUAUUGGUGCGAAAGGUUAUAUUAAAGAUGCUGCGAGGCCAAGAACAGACAUUUGUUUUUAUAUAACUGUUGAAAACUCACUCAGGUACUCAAAAUUGGUGCGAGUGAAAUAUACUUCAUUUUCUGAAGUGAUUGAUCAUUAAGACAAUUUUUGGGAAGUGUGUUCUUAAUUUUAUGUAUAUCCUGUUUUUUAAAAUAGGUAUGCUUGUGUCGAAAGUUGAACGUGCAGAUACAAGUACAUAAAUUCCGUAUUGGGUCACUAUAUAAUACGAGUCAGUUUUGAUGAUGGCUUAACAAGUUGAAAUGGUAAAAAAUUCUGUGUUGAACAAGUGCAUUUAAUAAUUGAUUUUAGUUGAUAUAUAUAUAUAUACACACGCUAUUAAUUUGUUGAACAUUGAAAAUAUAACAAUAUUAAGUGAAAACUUUUUAUUCGAACUGUAUUGUUUUUCGUUAACAAGUGCAUUUAAUAAUUAAUUUUGGUUGAUACAUAUAUAUAUAUAUGAGUUAGUUAAACACUGAAAAUAUAACAAUAUCAAACCCCCCCAAAAAAACUCGUCAUUGCUGUUUGUAGUGUUACAUUUAUACAAAAUCGUUUAACCAUAGUAAGCUGCUAGUUUGAAAGUUUUCCCUGACUCCCAGUUUAGGCUUUCAAAUAGAAGUAGAAUAAGUUGAGUUCUUGUAUAAUGGGUAUGUAACGUGUAAAAUUAUGUUUUGUUUAUAUUUCCAACUAAAGGUAAAAGGUUUAGAAUUAACGUGUAUUUCUUUGCCAAAACAAGUUAUUUUAUUCUGAUUAAACUAGUUGGAUUUAUGGUAAAAACUAGUUUAGUUUUAGAAAACAAUUUUAUGUUUAGCAGAAUAAAAUUUCAUUUCAUAUUCUUUUAAUUUUGAUAGUAGUUAAUACAAAAAUAUUGUUGUGAAUUUUUUAAGUUUUUGUUUUAGCUUGAAAAUGAAUUUUUUUUUUUUUAGGUUUUUUACAUUACGUGUGUACAAACUUAAUUAGGGAAAUGUUUGCCUCUUAUUGUCAAAUAUAUAUUUAACAAUAAGAGACAAACAUUUUCCCAAAUAAAUAUAGCUUGCCAACAUGUGCUGAUAUUUAACAUCAAGAUAUUGUUACAUGCACAUCACUUAUUUUGCAAAAUAAAAUGUUGGAAGGUUUUAAAGAAACUCGUAAUGGAAUCAUUACAUGUAAUCCAAUAUUAUAUGCUGAAUAUGUAGUUAACUGAUGAAAAUAAACGAGCAUUUAAUGUA